AUGCGGCGCGUCCCUCAACCCCCAGCACGGCCGUCCGCCGUCGCGCCUUCUUUUCACGCAUCGCCGCCAUUGCCAGCACCACCAGUAGCAUCAGACCUCCUCGCUCACUUCCAACUCGCGUCAUGCGCGCCGCGCUUUUCGAUCUCGGCGCAAGAGGCACCGACUCGCACCCUCGUCGCCCUACCGCGUGCGCUCGCCGUCGGUCGCGCUCCCUCCCCCGCUUCCGCCGCGCCAACGCUUCGCGAUGCGCACGCCGCAGUGGUUGCAGCGCGGGCGGCGGGUGUGGGGCAGGCGAGGGGCGUGUUCGUGGAGGAGAAGUAUGCUGAUGGUUACUUCAGUGACGGGUUCUAUGAGAUGAACUUGGUCGCGACGAAUGAUAUGGAUGAGAUCUAUGAGGAUCCUGAGUAUGGUGAGAUGGGAGAACUGGAGGAGUUAUUGACUAAGGUUGAUGAGAGUGAGGACUCGGAUGAUAUGGCUGCGAGUGUGGAGGCAGCAGUGAAGCAGGAAGAGGAGAUAGUGAUCACGGAUGCAGCAGCAGUAAACGGUGGAGAUGGAGACGAUGUCAACACUUUUGCAGCAGCGAUCGUGGUUGAAGAUGAAGCAGUAAAUGCGAAGUAUGUGGGAGUUGAAGCUGUGAAAGGGGACAUCAUGGUGAAAGGAUCAAAGGCGAAUGCAACUGCAAAGGGGCAAGUGCUUAAGGAGGAUGAACGCGUUGAAGGGUACGAGACCCGAGAGGUGUUGGGUGUAAAGAUGCCGAGGAGAAGCAAGAGGCAUAAGAAAAUCUCUCAAGGUUUGGAUGUCAAGGCGCUCAACUACAAGACACAUAAGCAGAGGUUCAAGGUGCAGGAGCUGCAGGGGAGCGUGAAGCCGACUUAG